CAUACGAUUUCCCUCGGGGGAAAAAAAGAUAAUUCGCUGAGUGAAAUUAAGGAUUCCGCCAGAUACCAGUCCACACCUACCGAGAUAAAGACAACAAGAGUCCGUAAGUUCAAUCAGAAGCACGUCUCUCACAUCAGGAUGGGUGCCAUUAAGUCUAAACGGUUUAAAAAGACUCCUCAGGUUCUCCUCAUGGGCUUGGAUUCGGCUGGGAAGUCUACUUUGCUGUACAGACAGCAGCGUGGUGUGGUGAUGGAGACCUCGCCUACUGUGGGUUUCAAUGUUGCGACUGUAGAGCUGGACAAGAAGACCUCACUGUCCGUGUGGGAUAUUGGGGGACAAGGAACCAUGAGGCCCAAUUGGAAAUACUACCUAGAGGGAUGUAAGGUCCUGGUUUUCGUGUUGGACAGCAGUGAUCGUGCCAGGAUGGGAGAAGCUCAGAAAGCCCUGAAGAAGAUUCUGAGUCAUGAGCAUUUGAAAGGAGUUCCCCUGAUGGUGCUGGCUAACAAAAAAGAUCUGCCAAACUCUCUGACUAUUAGAGAGGUGUCUACAUUGAUGGAGCUGGAUAGUUACACAGAUCGGGUGUGGGAGAUCCAAGCUUGCAGCGCCCUGAAGGGACUGGGUCUCCAACAAGCCUUUCUCUCUAUAGCUAAACUAAUGCAUAAAGCAUAAGCAAGAUACUACCUAGCUGAG